ACGCCGAUCUCCAUCAUGGGCUUGAUGCCGCUCAGCCAGUUGGAGGAGGACCAGAAGAGCAAGAUCGGCCGGGGCGUGCUGCCCGCCGUGCAGCUGGCCAUGGAUCAGAUCCGCAACGAGUCCCUGCUCAACCCCUACUCGCUGGACCUCCGGCUCUAUGACACCGAGUGUGACAAUGCAGAAGGACUUAAAGCCUUCUAUGAUGCAAUAAAAUAUGGACCUAAUCAUCUGAUGGUUUUUGGUGGAGUAUGUGCAACAGUCACUUCUAUCAUUGCUGAAUCCCUAAAAGGAUGGAAUUUGGUUCAGCUUUCAUUUGCAGCAACAACCCCAGAGUUAGCUGAUAAGAAAAAAUAUCCUUAUUUCUUCCGGACAGUGCCAUCUGAUAAUGCAGUGAAUCCUGCAAUUUUGAAGUUACUCAAAUAUUAUCAAUGGAAGAGGGUGGGAACUCUAACCCAGGAUGUACAAAGAUUCUCUGAGGUGAGGAACGAUCUGACUGGUGUUCUGUAUGGUGAAGACAUCGAAAUUUCAGAUACUGAGAGUUUCUCCAAUGAUCCCUGCACCAAUGUCAAAAAGCUCAAGGGUAAUGAUGUUCGGAUAAUCCUUGGCCAGUUUGAUGAGCAAAUGGCAGCAAAAGUGUUCUGUUGUGCUUAUGAUGAGGAGAUGUAUGGCAGUAAAUAUCAAUGGAUCAUUCCUGGGUGGUAUGAAAGUUCAUGGUGGGAAUCUUGGAUUAAUUCUUCACAGUGUCUCAGCAAAAACCUUCUUACUGCCAUGGAAGGUUACAUUGGAGUGGAUUUUGAACCUCUCAGUUCAAAAGUGAUAAAGACCAUAUCAGGACGGACGCCACAGCAGUAUGAAAAGGAGUAUAAUGACAAACGGGGAGAUGGACAGUCCAGUAAAUUUCAUGGUUAUGCCUACGAUGGAAUAUGGGUGAUUGCCAAAACACUGCAGCGGGCAAUGAAAUAUCUCAACACUACAAACAAACACCAAAAAAUUGAGGAUUUUAACUACACAAACCACAAACUUGGCAAAAUAUUUCUGGAUGCUAUGAAUGAAACCAACUUCUUUGGUGUAACGGGUCAAGUUGUAUUCAGAAAUGGAGAGAGAAUGGGAACCAUCAAAUUUACACAGUUUCAAGAUAGAAAGGAAGUGAAGGUGGGAGAGUAUAAUGCUGUAGCUGAUACACUGGAAAUAAUCAACAACACCAUCAGGUUCCAAGGAUUGGAGCCUCCAAAGGACAAAACAAUUAUACAAGAACAGCUGCGUAAGAUCUCCUUGCCUCUCUACAGUAUUCUUUCAGCACUCACUAUCCUAGGAAUGAUCAUGGCCAGUGCUUUUUUGUUCUUUAACAUCAAAAACAGAAAUCAGAAACUAAUAAAGAUGUCCAGUCCCUACAUGAACAACCUUAUUAUCCUUGGGGGGAUGCUUUCCUAUGCAUCUAUUUUUCUUUUUGGCCUUGAUGGAUCCUUUGUCUCUGAAAAGACAUUUGAGACACUUUGCACAGUCCGGACGUGGAUUCUUACAGUGGGCUACACAACUGCAUUUGGAGCAAUGUUUGCAAAAACCUGGAGAGUUCAUGCAAUUUUCAAAAAUGUAAAAAUGAAGAAAAAGAUCAUUAAGGACCAGAAGCUGAUGGUGAUAGUUGGAGGGAUGCUGCUGAUUGAUCUUUGCAUCUUGAUUUGCUGGCAGGUUGUGGACCCCUUGAGAAGGACAGUGGAAAAGUACAACAUGGAGCCGGACCCUGCCGGCAGAGAUAUUUCCAUUCGUCCGAUUUUAGAGCACUGUGAAAACACUCACAUGACCAUUUGGCUUGGCAUUGUCUAUGCCUACAAAGGGCUGCUCAUGUUAUUUGGUUGUUUCUUAGCAUGGGAGACUCGAAAUGUCAGCAUUCCUGCUUUGAAUGACAGCAAAUACAUUGGGAUGAGCGUAUACAACGUGGGGAUCAUGUGUAUUAUUGGAGCUGCGGUUUCAUUCCUCACUCGGGAUCAACCCAAUGUUCAGUUCUGCAUUGUUGCUUUAGUCAUUAUAUUCUGCAGUACCAUUACACUCUGCCUUGUUUUUGUACCUAAGUUAAUCACACUGAGGACAAAUCCUGAUGCGGCCACUCAGAACAGACGUUUCCAAUUCACUCAAAAUCAAAAGAAGGAAGACUCAAAAACAUCAACAUCAGUCACCAGUGUCAAUCAAGCCAGUACAUCUCGGCUAGAAGGACUGCAGUCAGAAAACCACCGCUUGAGAAUGAAAAUCACAGAGCUGGACAAAGAUUUAGAAGAGGUUACUAUGCAGCUCCAGGACACACCUGAGAAGACAACAUACAUUAAGCAGAACCACUAUCAGGAUCUUAAUGACAUCCUCAGUAUACGGAACUUUACAGACAGCAAAGAUGGUGAGAAAGCUGUUUUGAAAAAUCACCUUGAUCAAAAUCCACAAGCACAGUGGAGCACAACAGAGCCCUCCAGAACAAGCAAAGACCCUAUAGAAGACAUCAACUCUCCAGAACAUAUACAACGCCGAUUGUCUUUACAACUGCCCAUUCUUCACCAUGCCUAUUUGCCAUCCAUAGGAGGAGUUGACGCUAGCUGUGCCAGUCCAUGUGUAAGCCCCAGUGCCAGUCCUCGGCACAGACACGUGCCACCAUCUUUUCGAGUGAUGGUUUCUGGACUGUAGAAAUGGGAGAUCAGAGCUUCCUGAACUGCUUUUAAGUACUCAAUGACUGGACUUAACAUCAGACGUAGAACUCUGCUAUAAACAUACUAUUUGCUCUUACCACACAGAGGAACUAGUGCUAAGGCCAUCAUCAUGGGAGUACCAGUGUAACUCAUGUGGAAAGGCGAGAGCAAGAGAAACCU